AUGACUGUCAGAGACGCCCUCAACACCGCACUGCGAGAGGAGAUGGACCGAAACGAUAAUGUUUUCAUCAUGGGUGAGGAGGUCGGCCAGUACAACGGUGCCUACAAGGUCACCAAGGGCCUUCUCGACAAGUUCGGCGAGAAGCGAGUGGUUGACACCCCUAUCACCGAGAUGGGUUUCGCCGGUGUUUGUGUCGGUGCCGCCCUGGCCGGUCUCACCCCCGUCUGCGAGUUCAUGACCUGGAACUUCGCCAUGCAGGCCAUUGAUCAGAUCAUCAAUUCCGGUGCCAAGACCUACUACAUGUCCGGAGGUACCCAGCAGUGCAAUGUCACCUUCCGAGGUCCUAACGGUGCCGCCGCUGGUGUUGCUGCCCAACACUCUCAGGAUUUCACCGGGUGGUACGGCCAGAUUCCCGGUCUCAAGGUCGUCUCUCCCUACAGCUCUGAGGAUGCCAAGGGUCUGCUCAAGGCCGCCAUCCGAGACCCCAACGUGACUGUUUUCCUCGAGAACGAGAUCAUGUACGGAGAGUCUUUCCCCAUGUCUGAGGAGGCCAUGUCCCCCGACUUCGUUCUGCCCCUUGGAAAGGCCAAGAUUGAGCGAGAGGGUAAGGAUAUCACUCUUGUCGGUCACUCCCGAAACGUCGAGACCGCCCUCAAGGCCGCCGACCUCCUCAAGAAGCACCACAACGUCGAUGCCGAGGUCAUUAACCUGCGAACUGUCAAGCCUCUCGACACUGAGACCAUUUUCAACUCCAUCAAGAAGACUAACCGACUUGUCUCUGUCGAGGCUGGCUUCCCCGCCUUUGGCAUGGGCUCCGAGCUCUGUGGUGUCGUCAACGACUCCUGGGCCUGGGAUUACCUUGAUGCCCCCAUCCAGCGAGUUACCGGAGCUGAGGUUCCCACUCCUUACGCCAUUGAGCUUGAGAACUUCGCCUUCCCCACACCCGAGAUUGUUGUCAAGGCUGCCAAGGACGCCCUCUACAUUGAGGAGUAG